AAUCCCGGAGGUAGAGGAAGGCCAUUGGCUUUAAGCCAGAGAGUUUCCUGAUCCCAUAGUUCCAUUUUGUCACCCAGAGCAGAAGAGGGGGAAAUCAUCCAGGACUCCCCACAAGUCUAAGAAAGAAAACAUAAACAGAGCAAUGUCAAAAUUAGUGGAGUGUGUCCCCAAUUUUUCUGAAGGCAACAACAAAGAGGUAAGUUCAGAACUGGUUUUUGUAUAAAGACAGUUCCUUGUGUGGCAAUAUGGUGGCAAUAUAAUACUGGUGAAACCACAAAAUCUAUUUUUCCCCUGUCUAAAUUAGUUUUGCAAGUCUGAGUUCAAAGCAUAUUUGAAUCACCUGUCCAUGAGAAAUUAAUUUUGAAAACAGUUUUACAGGUGUACUGAAAUUCUAACCCCACACAUAUCAGCUUAAAUAUACAGAAGAAAACUUCAAUCUUCUAUUAAUAAAACCUAAGUUUAAUAUAACCAACAGCAAAAAUAAAAUUAAAAGGGAGAGGAGGGGGAAAUACUUCUAAGUGUAAAUGUUGUAAAAAUUGAAAAUACAAUGUUUGGGGUAAACUUAAUGAUUUGACAUGCAAAUGCAAUGCUUUUGGAGGGAGCUUUCUUCUCAGGGUUUACCUGCAUUUUUAAAAAAUGAAGUGAAUGCAUAUUACUUUUACAUGUUACUUUACUAGAUUAUAAGCCCAUCUGCUCUUGGCUGGGUGUGUGGUGGAGAAGCUUCUUAGCAGCUUUGUUUCACUGAAACUCUCUUGCUUUAUUCAGAAAAAACACAUGAUCACACAGAGAAGGAAGAAAAAAAGGAAAUGUCUCCUCUCUCACUGUGUCCUUCCAACCUUCUGCAUAACAUCACCACCAUUAACCUGUUGGUUUCUCUUGCUACCCAACGUAGAUAGCACACAAAACCUGUCCUGCCUCUAUUAUGUAGGGUAGAAAGGGUUGGACUGGAUACAAUCAGACGCCAUACUGAAUGCCAGACAGUGGACUGAACCUUUCAAAACUGCACUGACUUCAAAACUGCAUGGAUUUUUUUAUUGGUUUCUUAGAAUUCCCAUGCAAUACCAAGUACAAGGCUGCUGGUCAGUUAUAAAAUAGUACAAAAAUAUACAAUUUUUUUACGUGCAGAGAAUAAUAUGUGCUGAGAAACCAGAGAGAGGAGCUGAGGGAAGUCUGGGGUGGUGGUGGGAGGAUGGGUUUUUCUUUUUUGCGGGGAGAGGGGGAAAAUGGGGGGAGGGAAAUGUGGAUGAUAUAUUUUUGAUAAAUUGUUAUGUUGAAAUCCCUAAUAAAAAUAUUUAAUAAAAUAAAAUAGUACAAAAAUAGUACAAAGGUGAUAUAAAAUUAACUAACACACCCAAUAAACCCACUAAAUAUACCGGUACCUUCAUAUCAGGCAGACCCACUUAAGCUUACAGGACUUUUUUGAUUCAGCAGCACCAUCCCUUGACAGUGCCAGCCCCCCAGUAAGGUAGCCCACUAGCAAUAGGUGCCCAGUCUGAUUUCCUUUUCUCGGCCUGCUCCCACCGAUGUGUCUGUCAACUAGGAUAAGGGGUAUGGGAUUCCCACUGCCUCAUGGUGGUCUACUUGGAAACAGGGAAACCGCUGGAUUCCAAGUGCCUUCAGCCCCUCCCCCUCCCCCUGCUCUCCCAAGCAGGUAUGCAUGUGCCAAAUGAAAAUAAUGCACCUAAUCCCACACAAAGCAAAACUAGCAGAACCAAACAGCAAAGAGAUCUUUGGAUUGUAAUGGAUAUCUCAUUUGAUGUUGAUGUGAACAAUACAUCAAUUUAAUAUGAAGCAGGAAAAGGCAAAAUCCACGUUAGGGAUCACUAGGAAUGGGUUUCCUCUUUUUAUUUUUUUUAAUGUGACAUGAGCAUUUAUUCACUUAAAAGAGUUGUCACUUUAAAAGCAAAAUCCAUUCUGAAAGACCUGCAAAUAAUAAUAAUAAUAAUAAUAAUAAUAAUAAUAAUAAUAAUAAUUUAUUAUUUAUACCCCGCCCAUCUGGCUGGGUUUCCCCAGCCACUCUGGGUGGCUUCCAACUGAAUAUUAAAAACAGUACAGCAUCAAACAUUAAAAACUUCCCUAAAGAGGGCUGCCUUCAGAUGACUUUUAGAAGUAAAAUAGUUGUUUAUAGCUUUGACAUCUGCUGGGAGGGCGUUCCACAGGGCAGGCGCCACUACCGAGAAGGCCCUCUGCCUGGUUCCCUGUAACCUUACUUCUCGCAAUGAGGGAACCAGCAGAAGGCCCUCGGCGCUGGAUCUCAGUGUCCGGGCUGAACGAUGGGGGUGGAGACGCUCCUGCAAAGCUGCUUUAAGUUGCUUGUGAUCCCACAACCAGCAGCCAGUCCAAAGAGCACAAAUGGCAGAGCUGCUUUUCCCUGAGCUCAUUGGCAGGGGUGUGUGUGCGCUUCAGCCAUUAUGUAUUUUGUGGUUCUUAUAUUGUAAUUUUAUGUUGUGAACCACACUGAGGUCUACGGAUAACAACCCUGACUUGACCACUUGCACAAUAUGCACACGCAUGGACUGCACUCUUUGAUCAGUGGAUUUGCUUGCUCCCUGAAUAGUCUGAAGCCAUGAGCAUGAGGUCCAUGCGCUCUAACAGGCUCUGCUCUGCACAGGUGAUAGAUGAGAUUGCCAAGGCCAUCUCUCAGACCGAGGGCUGCAUACUCCUGGAUGUGGAUGCAGGCCCUUCCACCAAUCGGACCGUUUACACCUUCGUAGGAAGUCCUGAAGAUAUAAUUGAAGGUGCACUGAAUGCGGCCAGAACAGCUUUUCAACAUAUCGACAUGGCAAAACAUAAAGGUAAUCAGAGUGAGAUAAGUGUUAAUCAUAGAGAGUAAGACAGCCAAACAAGUUUUUAUUGAUGGCGCCGUGUUCAACUACUUUGCAGCCUUUCUCAUACUCUGAGCAGCUUGUUUUGUCCUAGAUCCGGAAGAAACUAGAAAUAACCUGUGAGAGGCAACGUGUACCUAUAAAGGAAUGGAAUUUGGGAUCCCACAGCGCUAGGCAUUUCUACAUGCUAACUCUCUGGAUUCUGAUAGUUAAGGUGGGGCCUAUGGAACCAGGUUGAAAGAUCAGCCAGAAAAACCAGGUGGCCUUGGACAAGUUCGUCCUUUUCUCCUUUCAGCAUAACCUACCUUGUGAAGUUGCUGUAAGGAUACAAUUUUCAGAAGCCGGAGUCAGUAGUAGGUCAGCAUAAAAACACCAGUGUCAGGGAAGUUAACUCUGUGCAAUGAAACCAGAACAGCUCAAACCCAGUGAGCCCAAUAAUUCUCCCCAGUAGAUCUUGCUCCAAUGAGUCGGUUGCAAGGGCUGAAGGGCCCUGUCUUCCCACAGCUCCCUAAGAUUCCACCUCCACCACGUCCUUCCCAAACAGCCUGAGACUUCUCUGCCUUGUCUGUCUUCGUUCUGCCCUCUUCAUACUGGGAGACCAUGGGGGAGGAGAACUAGUUGUUCUCUUCUGCCUCUGAAUCGAGACUUAUCUCUGCCACAGCCUCUCUCUGCUCACUAAACCCUGUUGCCUCUUCAGCUUCCAGCACCUCCUCCUCCCAGUCUGCUCCCUCUUCUCCCUCUGACCAGGCAUCCCACUCCCUGGCUCUGAGCCUUCUCCCCCUGGGGGUUCCCUUGGAGGUUCCCUGGCUGGUGCCUCCCACCAAUCCUCUGCACCCAGCCAGUCCAUGACAACAAUGCAAUUACUCUCAUGUGUGUUAGCCUGAGCUCCUUGAGUAAGUAACAAAUAAACAAAUGCAGUCAACAAAUGCAAUCAAUAAAUAAGUAUUCACCUCUGAGCCUCAUGGGAAUCGUUUCCAAUUUAUUCCAAGUUACACAACCUUACAACAGUCUUACUUACCCAACUGUGGAUUCAGGAGGAGAGGUCAUGUGUCCCUGAAAGCCUGUCACUGAAUCCCAUAAAUAGGAAUCUUUAGGAGGAAAAUGUAACACAAGUCCACAACAGGUCUCAAUACAAAUAACUCAUCAUUAGGUUGCUUUUGAGACACAAAUUGCUUUACAAUUUACCAUACACCUCCUGAAUCAUAGAAUUGUAGAAUUGGAAGGGAACCCAAUGGUCAUCUAGACUAACCCCCUGUAAUGCAAAAAUCUCAGCUAAAGCAUCCAUGACAGAUGACUAUCCAACCUCCCUUGCCUCAGUAUCAUGAAACCAAAGCGGACACGAUCACUUAUUCCCAAGUUUCUGAGUACUUCUACUUCGUCGAUCAGUUCUUCCCUGUUGGUGAGGACCAGGUCCAAGAUAGAUGACCCCCUUGUUGCUUCUUCCACCUUCUGGGAAAUGAAAGUGUCAGUGAGGCAAUGGAGGAAUUUGUUGGACCUUACAUUCUAGGCUGAGUUUGAGUUCCAACAGAUAAUUGGGUAAUUUUAGUCUCCCAUGACUACCAUAUCUCUCCAUUUUGAAUGUCUGGUAAUCUGCUCUCGGAAAGCAUCAUCCAAGUCUUCAGUCUGGCUUGGAGGUCUAUAGCAGACACUCACAGGAAGGUCACUGUUGUUUCUCUCUCCUACAAUUUUUACCCAUAUACUGCUUUUGAUGUUCCAGGUCAUGGAUUUCUUCACAAGUGUACACAUCCUUUACAUAUAAUGUUCUUCCUCCUCCUCCCUUCCUGUUUGGUCUAUUGCUUUUGAGCAAGUUAUACCCCUCAAUUCCUACCUUCCAGUCAUGAGUCUCAUCCAUCAGGUUUCAGUAACGCCUGUUAGUUCAUAUUUGCCAUCCUGUAUUAAGAGUUCCAAUUCAUCUUGCUUGUUUCCCAUACUCUGUGAAUUAGUAUACAGAUGAAACUAUGAGUCAUUCCCUCCAUCUGCUUCCUUCUAGUAGUUUCCUGUCCUUUAGCAGGUUUCUGUAGCACCACCUCAGUUUCCUGUGCACCAGUGAAGCUAUUAUCCCCAGUACCAGGUGUUCUUCUGUCUUCUGUAAUGUUGUCUCCCUCAGGAUUUAGUUUAAAGCUCUCCCGAUCAGGUUCUUGCCAACCACCAUGAGAAGUCCUUCCUCAAGGAAGUGGAGACCAUGGUCCAAGAAGCAAACCUUUUUCAGAUGACACCACCUGCUGAAGGGUCUUGGGGCACCGCCCGUUUUUCCUGUUGAAGGUUGGGGCUUGUGUAUGUGAAAAUGGCAAGCAUGGGAACAAUGUAGCUGACCCCAAGUCACUCCUGUGUACUUACUAAACUUUUGUCCUCUUUAGUAACAAGAUGAUGUUACUAAAAUACUGUACCAAACACUAGUAUAUAGGACAAAUAUCUGUGAUGUAUUUCUAAUGGAUUGUUUUGAGGCAUAGGCUUGAAUUUGUGGUGAGUAGGGGGGCCCCACUAGGGGCGCAUUGGAAGAUGGCUGACAAUAACAUCUCUUCGACCCACACGAGGUAAUUAAGAGGCUGUGAUGGGAGUAAACAGCCCCCUGCCCCCCCCAAGCAUGUGGGGGGGAAUGCCCUUGCCUGCUGUGCCCUAUACCACCCCUGAACUUGAGGGGGUGGGGGCACUAGGCAGAAAGCCCUUGUGCGGAUCUCGGCGCUCCUGGACGCUGUCUCUGAUUCGCGCCACUAGCUGCAGCAACUUCAAAAGAAACAAUUAGGAGGAAGCUAAUGCACAUAUUUCAAGGAAGAAUGGGGAGUAAAGACUGCUAACCGAAGAGAUCGCUGAGAAACAAGACGGGUCGGAGGAACAGGAAUAAAUCAUGAGAAGACACACCAAGGCUCGGUAUGUUCGGCAACGGGACUGGAUGGGGGAAAAAAAAACUUUCCUUUCUUUUCUCUACGUGAUUAACCAAGAAUCCCCCCCCCCACAAGUCACAAGUCAGAAAUGCCGUUUAAAUGACUUAAGCUGAGGAUUUAAGACUGUGUGGAGAUAAUUUUCUAACCAAAGCAUGUUUUAAGGAGACCGUGGAAAGUAUAAGAGCUUUGGAAUGACGCAGCAAAAAAUAGCGUCGCCAUUUUGGCAAGUUCUGUCGAAAGACUUAUGUCUGGGAGGAGGAAAAGAUUUGUUUUCAUAUUGUGGGUGAGCCUCCUCAGAGGGACUAAAGAAGGCGACAGAUUUGCGAGACUGAUGAUAGAAAGAGUGCUUUUAUUUAUGAAAGUGAUGAUAUAUGGAAACCAUCUCGAUAUGAUGAUUGGACGAACGGAAAAUUCACACAGGAUUAUAACUGGUGUUUACCUGCUUAAGGAGAUUAUCAGAAGAGAUCAUAAAGAAAAAAAGAAAAAUAUACGAACAAGAUGAGAUGUGAGAACAGCAAGAUAGGACUGGAUAGAAUUAUGAACAUUAUUUGGACAGAUUUGUGGAUAUUAACGCAGCAGCAAGAAGAUGAUUGGAAUCCCCUUCGGAACUUGAAAUAUGGGUCCCCCCAACAAAAAAUUUAAAAUUCGGCUUUGUAAUUCGGAAUUUAUGUGAUGUGAUUUGAUUUGAUUGCUCGGUUAAUAAAAAUUAUUUAAAAAAAAAAGAAUUUGUGGUGAGUAACUUUUUAUCCUAAAAUAUAUUCCACUUAACCAGUUACUCUGUCCAUGAGGUUCAAUGACUCUUUGUAUUCAAAUGCAGCUUCUUGUAAAGUCCAGGUUUCUCUGUAUUUUAUAUUCUCUUUCCCAAAAUUGCUGUUGUGGCGAUCACACAGGGCCCCCGGACGUUUCACGGUCUAUUGACCCUGUGCCACCACCCCGCUUCUCACGGGGACACACGGAGUCCAGACAGUUGUUAACAUCAAUAAUCAAGUUUAUUUUUAAGUGCAGGAAUAAGCAUAUACAAUACAACUCUGCCAACCCACACCUAAGCCUCCCUCUUCCUUCUCCAACACCCAAGCCUCAACUCCCAACUGACAACCCUCAACUCCCAAACCUCAACUGUCAACUCCCAGACCUCAACUGUCUUUUCAAAUCCUCCCACUCUAUCUUUUACUCCCCCCUCGCAUUCUCACUGGCCAAUCACAUCACACCCAUUUUUAACUCUUUCCUUGACACAUCCUAGGGGCAAACGCCACACUGUUUUCCUUCCUUCCGGUUUCCUGCAUGUUUCUGAAGGACUGCCUUCCUCUCCUAGGUGAACAUCCUCGGAUGGGAGCCCUGGAUGUUUGCCCCUUCAUCCCAGUGAGGAAUGUUACUAUGGAAGAAUGUGUCCAGUGUGCCAAUCUGUUUGGGAAGCAUUUAGCAGGUGAACUGCAUGUGCCAGGUGAGUUGGGUUUGGAAGACAGCACCUGGUCACUCCAGGCCACCAAGUGAAAUUCCUUCAAAAAUCUCUGUUGGCCACUGUAAUGUAUGCCUUAUCAACUAAAUAUCUGGCAUGUGGCACCUUUAAGGUAAACAGCUGUGACCCAUGUGGUCAGCUCCUGGAGAGCUGAUUAAGAAGGGUGGUCAACUCUGGAGGCUCCCAGUCCUUGUGAAGAAUAAUGUUUGAUUUGCAAUUAACCCAGCUUGUGGUGAAUGAAUGAAUGAAUGAAUGAACUUUAUUACGGUCACAGACCGUAUUGUGUGGCGUGUUCCUAUAUGAACAUCAGAAGACAAAAUAGCCACCUCUCUCCUCAUUUAGUUCUCCCUUCUUCUUGUGGGCAGGUUUGUACCCUACAUUGCCUUGAUGUUUUGGCACAUACAAUGUGCACAGACAUUCCAGAUAAAGUGUGCUGGGGAGGUUGGAUGGUGUCCACUGGACCUGGUCUCCAUGGAGAUAUCUGCCCAGGGAGCCUAUGCACACAGACUCUAUAUGUGCCAUUGGUAGGGAAUGUGUGUUAUAAACCUAUGCAUGCUGGUCAAUAUGUGUGUUGGUUCCCUGUGCUAUCACCUUUUCUGGGUAGUCUAACAUCACGGCACAAUGGAAAUAUCAGAUUCUAUCUGUCUGGCGUUACCCUGGAAGUAACUGCAAGGGCGGCAAAGUUUUUAUUGCAUGGACAGGCGGAGUCCCCCAAACCCUGGGCAGCCCCCCGUGUGGAAUAACGACUCAAGACAAUGUGCUAUAGGAUUAAAAUUGGCCACAACUUUAAUAUAUUUCAGAUGUGGGUAGACCUUGGCUCAGGCAUUGGGCGUUUAUCCCUCCCAGUCCCCCGCCAGAGAUCUGGGGAACAUCUGGGUUAUCCAGUGUGUGUGUGUGGGGGGGAAUGGGCUGGCUCUGGAGAACAUAUGUUCAAGCAGAGAGAUCCUGCCCCCGUUACACCGCCGUCGCAGGGGAGAGCAAUGACGACCUCUAGGCGUACGGCCAAAGCCUCCCCUCAAACAACCUAUUUAACGGGGAACCCUGGUAUCGCCGCCACUGCUGCAUGCCCCCCCAUUCAGGGAAGAUAGACUAAAGGAUUCCGCCCAAGGCCUGAUACCGCCAAAGUUGUGACGUUUUGCUACGGGAAAGGCAAACCCGCCAAUGCAGGGGAAUUCCUUUCCGGCCCUUCAACAGCGACCUUGACGUAGCAGUACCCGCAUACUUGUGGAGAAAAGGUUAACCUGCAAAAGAAGUCUUAACUGAGGGUGGGUAGGGCGAUUCCCAGGUAAGAUCCUUCCCCUAUUGUGUGGGCAGGUAGUCCCUCCCCCCUACCUGGCCUGAUCACCUUGGCAAUGCCUCCCCAGGCGGGAUUGGACAACUUACUGAGGUAGGCGGAGACCUCCAGGUAUCCCACCUGGGGGAAGGUCAUUAAUAGUAGUGUCUCUUAGUGGUGAAUGGCACUAUUUAGCGGGAAGAAACUGCAAUGAAAAUCCUUGUUAUUACAUAUUUUUACAUGGCUACUUAUUUGUAUAUAUUUUAAAAUUUUAUAUGACUGUUUUAUGAUGGCCUAUAUUUGUAAUGCCUAAUAAAGGUUUCCUGUGCAGUUAGGCACUCUGUUCCCCGGAGGCCAGGGGCAGGGAAGGGGCAGGAGAUGUGAUCCAAGCCGCCGCUGCCGCCACACAAUGACCUCCUGCAUUUGCUGAGUGGUGUGAGGUGCUCUGGAAAGCAGUGAGUCCCAUGCACCGUUGUGCGGCUGGAAGCUUCUUGAAAUAAAUCUGUUGCAAGCCAGCUCCUGGCCAGUGGCCAUCUGGCUGUGAGUAGCUUGUGUGGAUGCAGCGUUUUUUGAAUUACACCACAAGCCAGCAUUCUCAGUAGGCAUGUCUGGCUUAUUUGUGUACCCCUAACGGCAAUCACACAAAGACCCAGCUAACCCCUGGGAUGCAGUACACAACUCACAAGUUUCCCAGCAUUCCCUGAUUUGUCCCAGCACCAUGGGGCAGUGUUAUGUACUGAAGUUCUCACUCCAGCAGGGGGAUACUGUAGAUAGUUUUCACUCAGGUCCACAUAUGCAAAUAAGGGAUCGAAAGUGACGUUCAGUGAUUGGAUAGUUACAGAAAGUUGUACGGUUACGUUGUACUUGAGCUCUAUAUAAGCAGGCUGGCUGAACCCUUCAGUUCAGUUCUGUUCUGACCUGUGAAUAAACAAGAGCUGUUUGGAGAAUCGCUGUGUCGUCUGAUGUGUUCACCCACAACUUAACAGGCAGCAAGUUGGUUGCACCACAGAGUUCAAGAGGUGGGGCUGUCCAUGGAAGGGAGCCCCCUGCAGUCUCCUUUCCCCAGGGCCUCCUCAAACCUGGAACCAGGCCUCCUGCUCCCUCCUCUCCUCUGACUCUUGAGUCCUACAAAACCAGCUUCUUUAGGUUGCAGCCUGGCAACUCCCUGACUGGAUCCAUGUGCUUUCUCAGUAAAUCUGCCCCUCUUUUGCAGUGUAUCUCUAUGGCAAAGCAGCUCUGAAGGAGAGCAGAAUAUCCUUGCCAGCCAUCCGAGCAGGAGAAUAUGAAGCCCUCCCUGAGAAAGUAAGACUACGUGUUGCUUGCAACAACAGCUGUACUGCCAAACCUUAGAUCAGCGGUCAGUGCCCUAGUCUGGGUAGCAAUGGAGGCAUUUUAAGAAGGGAUGCUCAGAUUUUAUUGGAUGGAGCUGGUUUAUGGUUACAGCACAGCUGGCAUAAUGGAACUACCACAGCUGCUGCUUCAAGCUCCUGCUUACUGUUGUACUAGUUGCUAAAGUGUGAGCAAGUCUCUCCCAAUACUUGUGUGUGCACAGGGUGGAGAUGCCCUCUCAUUCCUGCAAUGGUCCAUGUGGAUUCUGCAAUCCAGCUUCAUUGUUAGGUGUAUUUAUCCAUGGCAUUUGCAUCAGAUUUGACUUACAGAUUCCUUUUAAUACAAAUGAGAAGAACAUUCAAAAUACACAUGGCCACUUGGGCAAAUUUCUUUGAGCACAUUAACUCAAAAUAUAAGUUUCUACAGUGGUAGAUCGGGUUACAGAUGCUUCAGGUUGCAGACGCUUCAGGUUACAGACUCCACUAACCCAGAAAUAGUACCUCAGGUUAAGAACUUUGCUUCAGGAUGAGAACAGAAAUCAUGCUCUGGUGGCGCGGCGGCAGCUGGAGGCCCCAUUAGCUAAAGUGGUACCUCAGGUUAAGAACAGUUUCAGGUUAAGAACGGACCUCUAGAACGAAUUAAGUUCUUAACCCGAGGUACCACUGUAUUUUAAAGAGCUACUGUAAAUAUAAAACUGUGUUGAUUUAAUCUCAAGAAAAAAGUUGCAUGAAUAAAUUCCAAUGCAGGAAUCCCCAGGUGAAAGUGUUCCAAAUGAUUUUUCUGAGGAGACUGAGGACCAUGCUGCUUUCUCUUUCACAGUCCUCACCACGGAGCCCAUGCUCUCCUGUGCAUGCUUAGUCUGUGAUAGGGCCCACUGACAAACCUAGAGCAGACAGUAAAUACGAUAAUCAUUUGCAUUCAUCAUCACACAUCACAGUUCUCAAGGUAACAAAUAUCUCUGGAGUGUGACACUGCCCAGCAAGUCCACUAUCUGGCUCUGGGUCUAUCUAACGGUGAAAUUGUUAUUAUUACUGGAAUAUUACAACCCACUCUUUUUCUUUGUUUUUUGUUUUUUUAGCUAAAAAAACCAGAAUGGGCUCCUGAUUUUGGAUCUGCAACCUUUGUUCCAAGAUGGGGAGCCACAGUAACAGGCGCACGGACAUUCCUCAUAGCCUACAACAUCAAUUUGCUGUGUACAAAGGAGCUGGCGCACCGGAUAGCACUGAACAUUCGGGAGCAAGGACGUGGAAAGGACCAGGUAUUCCUGUGUCCAGGGAAGAAUUGGCUUGCAGAUUCCCUCCUCCCACAAUUCAGAAAAGGGCAAGGAAAGGAGAGAUCUCCCCAAUUUCCUCCCGUAAUCGCUAACCCUGUAUUACUCUUCAUUUUUAUCACACUACACGCAUAGAGUUGUGCCUCUCUGCAGGCCACAGAUGAUGGAAGGGGAACAUAUGAAUUCACUCAUUGCUCAUUGAAACUGGCAGCUUGCGCCAGAGCUGCCAGGAAUCAAGGUCUGACUAGAAGCCUGAGGGAUUUGAAUCUUCUUUUCAGGGUCUCCUGGGAAAAGACAAAAGUCCUAGGCUGGGAAGAUGGAACCAAAGGAGUGAACUAUAUUCUCCUAAGACUGGUUAGACUUUUGCUGUGGUCUUUUGGCCCCUACAAUUUACAGCUCUUUCCUCUGCUUCCUUAAGGGUAGCUGAUGAAGCAGACUCCAGUCCAUCAGCCCUCAUGCUAUAAUAAUCUUUAAAGUGCCACAGGAUUCCUUGUUGUCAUUUGGAUAUGUGAUGAAGCAAAUGUAUGAAGAGUCGCAAAAAAGAAAUAUUUUGGGAAUGGGGUAGGAACUUUAAAAUCUGGUAGGAAUAUGAUAGGAAUGUUAGCUUUUGGCUGCUGGGGUUAAGAAGACAGGAAGUGCUUGGCUCCUGUUUGCCAGCUUUCCACCUUAUUCUGUAGAUGGUUGAAAUUCUUGCUCCUGUUUGUGCUUUGUAGCCUGGGCGAUUGAAGCAGGUGCAAGGCAUGGGCUGGUACUUGGACGAGGAAAAUAUUGCUCAGGUUUCUGCAAAUUUGCUGGACUUUGAGACCACGCCCCUUCACACCGUCUAUGAGGAGGUCUGCAAGGAUGCCCAGGUGAGAUGGACAAGGAGCUAAGACCUUUGGGGUGAAAUGUGUCGGGAGCAAGGAGUUGCAGCCCAAAGCUCUUGCGGCUGUGCCUUUGGCUCACUUUUAUGGAGCUGCUCUCUGGUUACAGAAGAACUGAUUGCAGCACAGCACACAAAGAGAGAGAGAGCUUCCAGUUUGCGUAGGCAUUGGCAGCUGGGCUAAGAGCAGGGGAUUGGGGGCUCCCUGGCCCUUUAGCUCACUUCCUGCCCUCUGCUGCAAACGCUGCAGAACAGCAGGGGAAGAGAGGGAAGGGACUGCUGCUCAAUUGCAUAUGUAAGCCAAAUAUUCCCCAAUAUGGCACCAGAAGAAAGGGACGUCUCCCCUUUUCACCUGCAUGGGGGUUACCCUCCCUUCCCUGUGCCCCAAACACAGUGGGCGAGCUUUGCCUGUCCUCAAAGAGCCCUCACGCAGCAAUGACCACCUACGAGUCUGUAAGGGUUAGGGCUGGUGUUUCUGCUCGGCACUAAAGAUACCAGACAAAUGAUCCCACUACCAGCCAUGCAAACCUUUCAAAACAUGCUUGGCUUCCUAUGAACUGGAAAAGCAUCGCUUGCAGGCUGAGAUUGCAUUGGUUAUACCUUCUUCUCUGAGUGUUAUUUGAGAACAUUUCUGUAUUGAGAGUCUUGGGUUAUUUGGAUUAUUUUCUAGUCUAUGCAGUAGUGGGAACUUGUGGUGGUAGAAACUUAAGCGUCAUUUGAAGAGACUUGUUGCCUUGAGCGUGUUUCUGGAUCCCUGGGGUUGUGCUGGACUGCUGUCAAAUUCCUGUUCUUGUUUCUAGGAUCUCAAUCUGCCAGUGGUGGGAUCUCAGCUGGUGGGUCUUGUCCCCAAAAAGGCCAUGCUGGAUGCAGCAGAAUAUUAUAUUAACAAAGAAAAUCUAUUCAUCCUUGAGGAGGAGCAUAAAAUCAGACUGGUAACCUGCAUCUUCAAAAGAGAAAGGAGUGAAAUACUUGAGUAUCCUAUGAAAUGUAUUACUGUACAGUGGUACCUCGGGUUACAUACGCUUCAGGUUACAGACUCCGCUAACCCAGAAAUAGUACCUCAGGUUAAGAACUUUGCUUCAGGAUGAGAACAGAAAUUGCGCGGUCCUUGCAGAACCUCACUGCGCAGGGGAGGGGUGAGACACUGCAGGUGGACUGAGGCUCUGGCCAGCAAGCCACUGCUGCGAGGGACCAGGAGGUGGCAGCAGCCAAGUAAGCUGGCGAGGUUCUGCAUGUGACUCCAGCUGCCCCCUUCCUUUCUUCCCCUUAAUGGCCCACCACCCAGGCUAUCAUCUCACCAGGAAACUAGCCUGGCACUUCCAAGAAUUAGAAGGGGGCAUUCAGCCUGCCCCUGGCAAAAAACCCCAUAACUAUAUGUAUGGUAUAUUUUAAUGUAGUUGUUAUUUUUAUAUUGAAGUGUGGUGUGAACCUAGAAGCCUUUGAGUUGAAGGGCAGAUGCAAACGAACAAAUAAAUAGUUUUUGAAGUCAAAGAAAGAAUGUGGGAUUCUGAACAAAUCUGAGAAUGAUUUCAUCUGUUCUGCAGGAAGCACAUUAUGAAUUUUGAUAGACACUCAGACUCUUGGGAUUGGAAAAGGUGGACAUCUAAAUAAAUAAAAAAAGGGGUGGGGCAAGAGUAUGCCUGAGAAGUGGAACAGUUUGAAAGUUCUGUUUAGAUUCAUGGUGCGGGAUGUUACGCUUUUUAAAAGGAGGUACAAACACUUGUACAAAAUAAAUAGAUCACACACAUUCUCAAAAUGGAGAGACAGUUUGUGGGAUGUGGGGUGAACUGCACUGUUUUAUCAAGUAAUUUUCUUGAAGAUCUGAAACCCCUCCCCAACAAUUCUGUAUUCCCCAGAUUAUUUCAGUUUAUGUUUAGUGCAGUGAAUCUUUAUUCAUUUUCCAUUCUCAGGUAAUCAACCGACUGGGGCUGGACUCUUUAUCUCCUUUCAAUCCCAAGGAGCGCAUCAUUGAGUACGGAUGUUUUCAUUGUCCUCCUUCCGUUUUUUGUUUGUUUGCUGGGCACCGUACAUUUGGCAGGCUUGGCUGGGUUGGGUGCAGGCCUGCACCACAGGAUGCUCCUGGAAGUCCACUAGCUUGUCUUACAUCAGUUUCCAUUGCAAACAGGACCAUGGGAAGAGCUGGGAAGCUGUGGGCAAGCGAGUCUGGGGUUGGGGUGACCCAUGUGCUAGCUUGAAAGGGAGGAAGCAAUGGGCCACUGGCUUCCCUACAUUUCCUUAUUUGUGUCAGGUAAAAUUCUGGCACCUGUGUGUUGCUCUUUGCUUCCAGAGCUGCUCACUGGCAGUUUGAGGGUCACAUGCAUACCCAGCCCUAAUCUGGGGGAGGUUUGUGAGGUUUUGAGUCAGAUUUGACAGUUGUUUGCCCCACCUGCUUGAGAUGUAAUUAAACGGUUUCAUGUGCCAUCACAUUUUCAAGGGAGUGAGUUUUGCUUAGAGAAUGCAAGACCAAUUCCUAGAAAGAGACAAAGCAAUCCUCCCUGCUCUUGGUUCACCAGGGACAAUGCUAGCGAAAAGCAUCUGGUCAUUGGGCUGUAUUCUGCUAAUAUUGUAAGUCCUACUUUGAAUCUUUGCAAAAGAGUUACCAUCAUACACAUGGCAGAGAGAUGCGUUCUCCUUCCUUGACAUUAGUUCAUUCUGUCCUUUUGAUGUACGUGAAUGUGCUUUUCCUAUGUCCUUCUUGUCUUCUGAAGGGAUAUGGUGCAGGAUGGCAAAGAGAGCGGCUGCCUGAUAUCCUUGCCUCUUCACACUUUUGUGCAGAAAGUUGGUGCCAGGUCAGCUGCUCCUGGAGGAGGAUCCGUAGCAGCAGCAAUGUCUUCUUUGGUACAUUAGCCACUUGUUUUUAUUAUGUUAUAUAGAUUGCUUGUGCACCUUACACAUAAAUCGGACAGGGCUGGCUUCCAAGUCCAGAUCGGAGACUUGAAUUUAGUCAAAAGUAGAGUGUAAUCUGCAUUGAGAGUAUUGAUAUAAAUCAGGGCGUCAUUGGACAGUGCCAGUUCUUCUUGCCCUAUUCCCAUUAAAGUUUCUCAUAGCCUCUGGGUUGGGAGGACUGGAAAAAUCAUUGUGUUUAUUAAUAUUGCACAUAUGGAAACAGUAAGAUGAAUUAAAAUGGACUCUUAUUGAAAUAAAAAUUGUGCAGUCCAAAAAUAUGGUUCCAAAGCUUAACUUACAGAAUUUGUUCCAAAACAGACACUCCAAAUAAUAAUGUUCCCUAGAGUGGCAGGGGAAACCCAGCCAGAUGGAUGUGGUAUUAAUAAUAAUAAUAAUAAUAAUAAUAAUAAUAAUAAUGAUAGUUACAUCCAAAUAGUUGCAUAGAAUCAUGUGCUUGUCUAAGCACAGGUACAGCCUCUUAGAAAUAUGAAAUUACUUCAAACAGAGCAGAACACAGAGCUCUGACUCUCCCACAGCUUUCAUUACAGCCAGAGAGAGAGAGAGAGAGAGAGAGAGAGAGAGAGACCGACCAUUAGCACAUGUCCUUUCUUCUCUGGUGCUUGAGAACAAAGAUCCAACUCCCACAAAAUGGAGAUUUGCAGCUGAAAACUUAUCAUGUGAUCUAAAGUUAAACACCUCGUCACAGAGUUGCAGAGAUACAUUUUAAGUUAAUUAUCAACCCUUUAGGCUCUCUGCAACUCCUUUGUUUAACUACAGUGGAAGUUUACAUGAUAUGCAGUUAGCAGUACACAUACAGAGUUAUUUUCCAUUUCAAUUAUACUUUACAAAAAAUCCAUGAAGCUGAAGUUGGUUACUGUUUCCAGUUCCUUAUUUACACAAAAGCGCAGCUCAUUCAGAAAUGGGGAAGGGGAGAGCCACAUAAAUGCAAUAAUAAGCAAACAAUCAAUAUAUGUUUACUGAGAAGUAAGUUGCAUUUGGCAAAGGUCCCACCUCUCCUGGCUUAUACAAACCCGUUCAUUGUACUGAUUAAGGGUGUAAAUCUGUUCUUAAUUGUUUCAUUUAUUUUACUUCUAGGGGGCAGCGCUGGGCUGCAUGGUGGGGCUGAUGACCUACGGGAAGCGUCAGUUUGAGGAUCUGGACCCAGUCAUGAGGCGGUUGAUCCCUCCAUUCCAUCAGGCCAUGAAGGAGCUGCUAGUCCUGGUGGACACAGACUCUCUGGCUUUCAGCAGCUACAUGGUGAGUGAGAGCCAGUGUGGUGUAGUGGGUAAGAGCGGUGGACUCGUAAUCUGGUGAACCGGGUUCGCUUCCCCGCUCCUCCACAUGCAGCUGCUGGAUGACCUUGGGCUAGUCACACUUCUCUGAAGUCUCUCAGCCCCACUCACCUCACAGAGUGUUUGUUGUGGGGCAGGAAGGGAAAAAAGAGAUUGUUAGCUGCUUUGAGACUCCUUAGGGUAGUGAUAAAGCGGGAUAUCAAAUCCAAAUCCAAACUCCUCUUUUUGACAGCGGAAUUCCUCCUGCAUUCUUUACCCCCUUGUUAUCUUCCGCAACACGUCUCUCCCUCUCUGCAUUGAACAGGAAAGGUAAUAGUUUGAGGAUCGGGAACAAUUUUUAAUUAUUAUUGGUGAUGUGAUUUCAUUUCAGUCACCUGGAAUGGUGAUUGGAAUGACAAAUGUAGAGAGGUAAAUUCCGGGACAGGGAGGGAUGGAAAUGUGCUGCCGCAAAGAGCAGCCUGGUCUUUACCAGAAGAAAAUAACAAAUGCAGACAACUGCUGGAGAUGUGGGAGUACAAAUGCGAACCUAGUACAUAUGAUGAUUAACUGCCCGAUGAUAAGAUCAUUUUGGUGCGAGGUGAAGAUAUAUAUAGCAAGAGUAAUAAAAAGAAAUUGUUAUUUAGAGGAAUUGAAUUGAAUUCUAAAUUAUAUACCGGAAACGUGGGAAAUUACAAGGGGUCAAAAAAAAUGGAUGUACCGUGCAAAAAAACUUGUUUUGAUGAAUUGGAAGAGCCGCAAAAAGAUUCCAUUGAGCACAUGGAUUGAUAAUAAGGACAGACUAGCGACAUACGAAUGAAUUGCAUGUCAAUGCAAAUUAAGAAUGGAUAAAUGUGAAGAAAUCUGGAAGGAAUAUUUAAGUGAUAAGGCGGACAGUGGUGGGAAGUAGGGGGAGGAGAGGUGAGGAAAUAUUGUUAAAAAGGUAUAUCAUAGGUAUAUCAGUACUCAAAUCUGAAAUGUUAAAUUGUGUUAUUAGUGCUAUUGUGGUUUUUGUUGUAUGUGUUUUUUGUGGCUGUUGUUUGUAUUGAAAAAAAUGGUUAAAUAAAUUAAAAAAGAAAAGAGCAGCCUUGUCUGUCUGGGUGCAGCUUGGGCCUUGUUCUGUAAACAGGUGGUUCUACGAUGGGCAAAGUGGAAGAUAAUGGGAAGCAGUUCUUAUAGCCUGAAUAACUACUGGACACAGUUAACUAAAUAUAUUUUUCUCCCUUCACCUUAGGCUGCUAUGAAGCUCCCUAAGAACACACCUGAGGAGAAAGAAAGGUAUGUAUCAAUAACUCACUUUCCAUCUGUUUAACAAUUAUGGCUACUAAAUAAUCUUUUGUAUGUACCUGGUUGCUGAAUUUCCCUUAGCUCCUCUCAUACAUCUACAGAUACCUGGAAUAAGCAAUGACUUCUACACCUGUUCAGAGUGAUAUAGCCACUGUUAGUCAUGCUCAGAAAUCAAUGGACAAUCAAUAAAGUCUAUAUAUCACUUAAAGCGUGUGAUAUAUGGACAUGUUGGCCUAAAUGCUAUGAAGAGAUUCCUGCAAGUUCUUGCAGUUAUUGAAAGAGAGGGUGGAAUGUGGAUGCAGCUAAAUGGACUCAUGGCAGCUCAUUUUUGAUUAAAUAUUACUUGAAUGAGAUCAGACAGUUUUCAUUGAUUCUCCGUUCCCUGUGCACACAGCCUGCACCCCCUCUCUCCAAAGGAUUUGAGGGAACCUCUGGAACAGUUUGUGAGGUGACACGCAAUGGUGGCUGCAGGAAAAAGGAGAAAGCCGCCCAGAUGGUGGGGUACAAAUGACAAAAUCAUUAUUGUUAUUGAAAUGUUAACCUCCUCUCUCCCCUCCUUUCUGCUCAUGGAUCAGAGAGCCUUCCAUGCUAACCUUGUGGGGCCUUAAUUUAGGGUGGCAUUAGCUUAGGGGGCCCAGAGUCCAUUGCCUUCUGAGCAACUGUCACCAAAAGGCUUGUCCAAAUGUGUCGGUUAAUUUUUAAGGUGUUGGAAGACUGCCGCUGUUCCCCUCUGCAAUGUGUCUUUUAGGUAUCAUUUCCUUGUUUGUGAUUUCCAGUUGAAUUUACUAGAAAUAUAUUUGGUAUAUACCUACUUUUGUCUAUUUAUUCUCUUGCAGGCGGACAGCAGCCAUGCAGCUGGGCCUGAAAAGUGCGGUUGGUGUUCCCUUUUCACUGGCAGAAAAAGUUCAUUCUUUGUGGCCCCUUUUAAAAGAAAUGGCUCAGCAGGGAAAUAUAGCCUGCAAAUCAGAUAUACAGGUAUAGUAAGUAUUUGGUGGAUGAGAAGCAUUCCUUUAAAAGGGCUGUGUACCUGUUUUCUCUUUUUAAUAGAUCUUUUAGAUAUAUGUGAGUAGUUUUCAUUCUAUUACUGCUUAGUUGUUUUUUAAUCCCCCCUCCCAUUUUUAAACUGUUCUUAUUUUAUCUGUAAGCCGCCUUGAGUCCCUGUGAGGAGAAAAAGUGGGGAAUAAAUGAAUGAAUGAAUAAAAUAAUCAAAUAAUGUCUGUGUUCUGUUUUUUUAAAAAAAAUAAUUUUAAUUAUAUUUAGUCUAAAAUUUAUAUUUAGUCAGGUUUUAAUUUUAUUUGUUAAAACCUGCCUGGGAUUCUGUCAAUGAAGGGCAGUUUAAGCUUUUAAAUAAAUAAAUAAAUAUGAUACACUGAUUACAAAUUUUCUAAAGAAAUAAUUGUAGAUUUUAUAAGAAUUGCAAAGCAUUUUGUAUGCUAAAAGGUGCCUUAGACAUGGCAGAUAAUUAAAUUUUAUCACUGCUGUUUUGAAAUUAGUGGUUUAAAACCGCGGUUUUGAAAGGUAAGGUUCAGUCCACCAUCUUGAUUCAAAAUUGAAUCCCAUUUUGUCCAAACAUAGAUGAAAAUCUGCUCAUUGAUUUAAGGAACCAUCAUGCAAAAUUUGGUUACAAUAUCUUUAAGAGGUGUCCAAACGUAAAGAGAACAAACAAAUUUCAAAUAUAUAUAUAUUGUAUUGUCAGUUAUACUGUGUGUGUAGAUUUUAUGUAGACCUAAAAAGGAGUCCUUGAGCUGAAAUGUGCUACAAGGAGAUAGGAUCUUCAGGCUACAGAUGAAAGUAGUAAUGUCUCAGCAAACCAUAAAAUAGAUAAAUUACUAUUUUUAUCUUGUGAAUCACCCUUACAAAAGGGUUGUAUAUAAAUGUUAAUACAUAAAUACCUACAAACAUGGACUUGGGUAGCGCAGAGCAUAAUAGAAGCCUAGCCUUUUAAGUGCUUCCGCAUGAGCUCCAGAAUGCUCUUACCAGUUGCUGGUUUGGGUGGUUUUCAGUGGUUCAUAGUGACCUGAAUCUUUUAGUGAUGGUGUUUGAAGUCGCAGGCCUCCUCUGUGUGCUUUGUCUACAGGUGGCAGCUAAAGCUUUAGAGGCUGGUGUGUUUGGUGCCUAUUUCAAUGUUGUCACCAACCUGAAAGAUAUAACAGAUGAAGGCUUUAAGCAAGAGGUAAGAAAUGCUCAGGUUUUCUGCUCCAGGCACUAUGUUAACCUCUAGUUAAGUGCUGUGUCUCUGGCAUUGUUCAUACAGGCAAAUCAAAUAUAUUGAUUUCAGUUCUAUUUUUUCCAGUCUUAAAUUUGCUUUUCCAUAUUUCCACCAAUAGCUUACAAUUUAUUUCUCCCCCUCCCCCAAAAAAAAUCCUCAUGGAAAUUCUUUAGAAUUUUAGGACAAUUUUAUCUGAAUAUACACAUUUUUCAAAAGCAAUUUCCCCUAACAUAUAAUGUCUGUGUGUACGUUAUUUUUACUAAUACACACAUACUUUACCCUAAUAUAUGCAUUUUGUGCAUGCUACUUGACUGGAAAGCUGCAUUGCAAAAUUCAGAGAGCUGCAAAUAUCAGAGGGUAACUGGCGUUGGUCUGAUGUACUCCCUCCCCUGUAAUCAGCUGCAAACAGGCGCUAAACCAGGCAUGGCCAAACUUGGCCUUUCAGCUGUUUUGGCACUACAACUCCCAUCAUCCCUAGCUAACAGGAGCAGUGGUCAGGGAUGAUGGGAACUGUAGUCCCAAAACAGCUGGAGGGCCAAGUUUGGCCAUGCCUGCGCUAAGGGAAUUGUCACAAAAGGUCCAUCUGACCCUCCUAUUCUUCAAGCCCUGAACAUGGGUAGAAGUGGCAAGGCAACCUAACUAGCUACACAUGGCCUUAAAUGUGUUUCUUUUUUUUUCUUUUUUAAUGAUAUUUAUUAAAAUUUCAAAGAAUACAAGAAUUACACAAAAACAAAAAGUAAAAAUACAAAAAGUAAAAAUACAAAAAGGAAAAAUACAAGAAAAUACAAGAUACAGAAAAAAGAAUAAAAGAAAACAAAACAAAUUCAUUAUUUUCAGACUCUUAACUGUCAUUGCCUUCUUUCUUAGACCUCCUCCUCCUCCCUUCCUUUGUAUUCUAGUUAUUAAUUAUCCCAGCAAAUCCUUUCCUUUCCAUGUUUCAUAAAAUUCUAUCAUUACAUUACCCUAGACUAUUUUAAUCCUAUCUUUCUAUAAUAAAAUAAACCUUAAAAUUUAAAACUUAAGUCUUAACCUUACCAGCUUCUUAUAAUCAUAAUAUUCUUUCAUAAUUCUUUAUGCAUCUUUACUAAAGCCAGAUAAUUUCUUCCAACAUUUUUCUAUCAUUCAUCAACUUUGUGAAACAUUCUAAUAAUAAAGAAAGAGAAAAAGAAAGAUAUAGACAAGUCCAAUCUUUAUCCAACGUCCCUUCCUCCUGGUUCCGGGAUUUGUCAGUCCUUAUUCCAAAUGUGUUUCUUGUGUGUCGUGUGGGGCUGUUAAAUGUAAUAUUAAGCUUGGACGGGGUGGGGGCAGGCAUUUUGAAUUGGGACCACAGCUUGUGGGGAGAGGAGAUUUAACUCUUCCUUUCCUUCCCCCAAUCCUGAUGAAAAUCCUGAGGUCUCUUCCAACUCUAUGACUGUGGUCAGGGCCUGCCUGCCAAUGGGGCAGGGUGAAGCAACUGCCUCAGGCAGUAGGAUCCACAGGGGCAGAAGAUCAGGCCCCAAGGACAUGCUGCCUCCUCUGCAGCGCACAAGGUGCCACCACACAGGGGCACACCAGCACUACAGUGGCUGGAGUCCCAUGCCCCUUCCUGGCAGCAAGUUUCUUUUUUUUUUAUAAUAUUUAUUGGUUUUACAGAAAAAAAAUUCCAAAAGAUGCAAAAAUACAAAAAUUCGACAAAGAGAAAACAACAAUAACAAUAACCAAAAGCAAACAGAGAUAAGUUUCUGCCAGGGUUUUUCCUUGAGAAGAAGUCCUUGUGGAGUGUCACCUUGUUGCAGGGGGCCCUUAUGGAGUCCCCUCUCCCUGCACAGUUCCAAAGAGAAGCCACAGCAGGGGCACUUCAGAGGCUGGAUCUGUGGGGCAGCAGAGGGGGAUGUUUGGCCUCAGGUGCCCAAGGGUCUUGGGCUGGCUCUGUCUGUGCCACGAAUGAGGUCAGGGACCAGAGUCCCUCGAGUCACAUGGCCCACCCCUUGUUUGUACAGGCUUGGGUAAUCCAAGGCUGAGCCUGGGGAUUGUAGUCCUUACAUGGGAAGGUUGGGUUAUGGCUAGAAGACUCUGUCCCCUGCACACAUACUUCUCCCCAGGGCUGCUUCAUGCAUUUGUGCUUCACACAAUUUUAACUCUCCUGUUCCGUGUAGGUGCAAGGGAAACUUUCCCACUUUUUAGAGGAAGCCAAGAAAAGUACUGCGUUUGUGCUACAUCAGCUGGAGAAGCGGACAAUGUGAAUGAUUCUUCAUAUCAGGAACUGCUUAUCUAUGGAUGUAUAAGAACCAAUUGUAGUAUUGCCAGGUUGUAUGUAGAUAGACAUGCAGACGUGCUUGUGAUUUCUGUUCUACAACUGCAAAUGCAAAGUUCCAUGUGCCCCAAUUCUAGUCUUGCACAUUGCUUCCUUGGUGGCAGCGUGGGGCUUGUUGUUCUUGGUCACCCCCUUGAACCAAAGUAGCCCCACCCACACCACCAGGAUAACAGGAGAAUGCAUUUCAAAUUGCUCUGUGUUCUAGUAAAUGCUUGUUAUACAAAAAAUGUCCAAUGUAUCAGAGCCCAACUUCAUUGCAUUGUGCUUGCUCUAACUCAGAAGUCGGUAGUAUCUGUGUGUUGUAUUGAUCAGUCUAACGAUUGGUUUUGCCUGGAUUUACUCACAAUGAUUUCCUUUCACAAUAAAGCUAUAAAGAACUGUGUUAUA